AUGAGGGAUGGAGUUGGGAAUAACAUGAAGUCGAAAGAACAACAAAGCUCUGAUUUGAGGAAAUGUAGAGGGAACGAGUUUGGUCGAGAGUUGUCUAAAAUUGCUGUGGCACAAAUGUGUAAUAGGGUAGGGUUUCAGAGCUUUAAGGAGUCUGCUUUAGACACACUGGCUGACAUUGCCAUUAAAUACCUUCGCCAUUUGGGGAAGAUUGCUACAUUUUAUGCCAAUUUAGCUGGUAGAAUUGAGUGCAAUGUGUUUGAUAUAAUUAGAGGGCUUGAAGAGUUGGAAUCAUCACAAGGGUUUCUGGGUGCUUGGGAAUCAGAUCAUUGUCUUGCCAAUUCGGGGUCAGUGAAGAACAUUGUUUGCUAUGUGAAUUCAGUUGAAGAGAUCCCUUUUGCUCAUCCACUACCACGUUUCCCUGUGAUCAGAAACAGGGGGUCAAUUCCAAGCUUUGUUCAGAUUGGUGAAACCCCACCUAGCAGACAUAUUCCCAAUUGGUUGCCAGCAUUCCCUGAUGCUCACACAUACAAUCAUUCAGCUUUGUGGAGAAAGAAGCCGGGAGAGCCGCACGCCGAGAAGAUAGAGCUUGCAAGGCAACGUAGGAAGGCGGGGAAAUCUUUGUUGGGCUUGCAGCAGAGAUUGAUUUCCUGUGGUUCAGAAAGAAGUCGCAAUGGCCAGAUUGGGUUUUCAGGAGAUGAAAGUAAUUCAUUACUUGGGACAUGUUUGCAAGAGAUGGAAGAUGGGAUUGGAUUGCAUUCUGAUAACAUAAUUGGCAAGGAUGGGAUAUGCCAUUUGUCUGUGCCAGAGGUGUUUGCUCCUGCCAUUGAAGCGAUUAAAGGUGGUUGCUUUCCCAAUAGUCAAGACGACAAGGCAAAGAUUCUUCCUCGUGCAAGGCCUCUUGUUCAUUUUAAGUUAGAAACUUGCAAAACAUUUCUUGGAGGAUCUAUGAAUUUGAAUGCUAAAAUGGCAGGAGUUAGGGAAUCUGUGUUCUGGUUCAGACGAGAUAAUGAAAGAGAUCAAAAGCGUGAUGGCGAAAGAGAUGAAAAGAAGAGGAGAGUUGAAUACAUUCUCAGACAUUCUAUAGAUAAUCCAGAAGAGCUCAACAAAUCAUAA